AUGGAUAGCAAGUCCUUAGAAGUAAUAUCACGAUUCAAAGAUGCCCUUGCCACAAGAAAUAAGCUUGAGUCGAGUCUUGCCAACCCAUCAACGAAAAUAACAUCAACAACAACCUCAUCAUCAUCAACAACAGAAGCCAACGAUACUCUUCCCACAUACAAUCGUGGUCUCAAAUUACAUUUCCAAAAUCCCUCACUUGACAGCCUCAAUGCUAAAUCAGUAGAGUACAAUGGUGAAAAAUAUACCGUGCUAACCAAUGAUUCAAUCGAGCGUGGUAACAUCAGAAACAAACGCAAAUGGAAUGAGUUUUACAAUGAUGGCGAUGCCAAGGAGGGAGAUGAGUAUGAAAAUGAUGUAGAAUGGUCAGAUGAAGACGAAGAAGAGAUCCAUCCGUUAAAACAGUCGCGGAUAAUUGAACUAUUAUCACCAAUCAAUCAUCCCCUGGAACUCGUUACUCACCCAGCAAUUUCGAAAACCUACCAACUGCAAACGUUGAAUAAAUUGGCAAUGGAAUUGAUUGAAGUGAUUGAAUUUGAACAAAAUAACCUCAAUUGGUUAAACAAGUUGCUUCAAGUCUUGAAUGGAGAAGAUUGGUUUUAUUUGCUUGAGGAAAACAUUGGUCUUAGAGAUUAUGAUCAUGGUUUGGAUGAAGACAAGAAGAAGGCGAUUACAAAGAAGAAGGAAAAAUCAAUUGCCGAUGCAUCUAAAGCGGUUGUUGACAACUUCAGAAGCGAAGAAGAGGAGCAAGCUGAUCCAUUUUUCGCAUUACCCACUGCUGUCAAACGAUUUGAAGCAUUUCAAGAGCAAUUAGAAACUAAAGAUGAAUCCGGUGUCAAGGAAGAGCUCAUCAAUUACUUACAGGUGAGUAUACAGAGACAACAUGAGUAUAUUGAAAAUCUAACGCAGUUGAGAAAUGGAUUAGUGCGUGCAGAUAGGUUAAAGAGUGAUCUUUAUAAAUGGGGGCAAGAAAUGCACGAUAAGAAAAGCUCUUGA